AUGAAACGAGAUAAGUACGCCGCUUGGAAGGAGCCAGGAAAUCAUGUGCUGAGGGCACCGUUCCGAGUGAACACAUUCCAUCGUAUGCGGCAACUCAGCCAACAUACCACCGACGAUGCCGUCCAAUUGCUUUCCAUGAUGUUGCACUUCGACCCGGACAAGCGCGCCACGGUGGAACAAGCGUUGAAGCACAGCUAUUUGGAUGAGGGCCGAAUGCGUUUUCAUUCGUGUAUGUGCUCGUGUUGUUAUACGAACAAUCCCGGUAACACUCGCAUUUUCAGUACGGAUCCUGACCCGAUGCAUGAAAUGCCUUUCGAUCCCAAAUGGGAAAAGGAAUUAUCCCGGUUGUCAAUGUUCGAUUUACGGGAUCGUAUGUAUAAGUUCGUCACUGAGCGUACACCACUCUUUGGUACACCGUUGUGUAUAAAUCCGAGUUCAGCGGCCUACAAAAACUUCGCUAGUUCGUCAGUGGCUCAAGCGUCCGAACUACCGCCAUCGCCUAACGCUUGGGACUGA